GAUUCUUUUUGAAAGAAUCUCCAGCUGGUUAGGGUUGCGCAAUUGUAGCUUUUUUUUUGUCUGUCUGUAGUAGGAAACCUUUCCAUGGUUUACUAAUUUUAAGGAUCGUACAUUGGUAGAACAGAACGUCUUUGCCUAGGUUUAUGACCUUUUUUUUUUUUUUUUCAUAUACCACUCUUUAAAAUCAUUAUUCCAUGUGCACUUCUAUGUUGGGUCCGUCGUCCGUGUAAGUAAUGGCCAUUUGCACGGAGAAGGAUUCAAUUAGUAGAUUUGCUUGCUAGAUAUUUUCAUAGAUAAGGGUAAUUUGGGGAAUCGCAAGAAUUCGGAAGGAAUGGUUAUUGAAUGUGGUAAGUGAAGAUGAUGAGUGAUUGCAAUCCUUUCGAAUUUCUUGAUUUUUGCCCAUACUGAAUUUUUGGUUUUUAUACUUUUUUGUGUGUGGAAGAUUGCAUUGAUGUGUAACUGUAGAGGUACAUGUUUUUCACCUGAAACUGAAGGAAGGAAAUGGGACGAGAAUCACUAAAUGUCGAAAGCCUAGUAAGAAACGAAACGAGUGUGGUAUAGCUUCAACGUUGUUUGAUGUGGUUGAUCUGUGUGAGCAAGUUUACCUGUACCAGAAAAAAUCACCCGACGAAAAAAAAAAAAAAAAAAAAGAAAGAAAGAAAAGAAAAAGUCAAUAAAACCUUGGAAAGAACGGGUUUUAAAGUAGCAGUAUGCUUUCAUAAAAUAAAAAGCCUUGUAUUUUCGGUGGUAGUACUGCUCUCUGGAUAUAGGGUAGGAGAGCGAGAAGGUGUCGUCAUAUGGGUCGCGAAUAUUUAAUACAAGAAGGAUAUUGCUUGAUUUUGUUUGUCGUCUGCACAUUUCUUGCAGUCCAUAAAAACAAAAACAGCAAAUCUUUCAAUUUGUUGUUUCGUCUUUAGAGGAACUUUCAUGAUGAGUUUGCCUUCGCGCAUUUCUGCUCUCGUAUCCAAGCCUACAAACUCUUGGAAUUUAUUGGGGGACAGCACGAAACUCCAGAGGACAUUUCAAUUUAAGAAUUUCAUUGAGGCUUUUGGGUUCAUGACCUGUGUGGCAUUGAGGGCUCAACAAAUGAACCAUCAUCCAGAGUGGAGUAAUGUUUACAAUAAAGUCGACAUUACAUUGACCACGCACAUGACCAAGUCCUUAACGGAAAAGGAUGUUAAGUUGGCAGAAUUCAUCGACACGAUUUGUGAAAAGUCAUAAUUUUCCAUCUCUCAUACAAUGGUUGCUCGCUUUUACUGCGAAUUGAGUAGAUUUAUUCCAUAGAGUUAUAGAAACGCUCGAAUUGAUUGUUUGGAAACUGUCAUUGGAAGCAAUAAAAAUGAAUUCAUCAAACAAGAUAUUAUUA